AAUAAGGACCUGGAUGUAUGUGUGUGUAUAUGACGGGGAACAGCGGAGUCUGAUUAAUAAAUAUGAAAAUAGCUGUGCAUGUUCCUUGUCCAGGUAUUCCCAGCCCCUAUCUCUAAGUACAGAUGUGACAUUUUUCUAUAAGUUAGGGAACUGUUAUCAAUAACAGCUCAACAAACCCUCACUUAAAUAAAACAAUAAUAAAAUAAUAGCAAUAAUUUAACUAUGAAUGGGACCCCAAAAAUAUAAAUUCCACUUCGGGCCCCAUUGAAUCUUGGUCCGGCUCUGGACACUCGUAUUAAAGCACGAUAACUGACUCUAAAUGGAUGACUUGUCGCCUAAACACAGUAAAGCGAUUCAUCCCAAACCCCCCACCGCUCCGUCCUCUCUCCUGAGUUGGUGUGUUGGUUGGUUGCUGCAGAGCCUCAGUCUGUAUCCCGACUCGCCUGACAGACACAGCCAGUCCUCGUCUCCCUUUGCUCACCCAUCAAUCUGUCUCUCCGGUUCUCAAUUUGACGUCUUUGAGCGAAUAAAAAAAUAAAUAAAUAAAUAAAUAAAAAGGCGAGAUGUAGAGCCCGAACAUGGAGACGGCAGCGGAGCGGGGCUUUUUGCUUCUACCAUCGGAGGAGACCCACAAACUCAGCGGAGGAAAAAAAAAAAAAGGCGUCAGAGGGGCAAAACGGCGGUUUUCAGCUGCUUGAUCGUCGAGGUGACGCUCUUCUUCCUCUGCUUGAACACAUCAGCCAACACGGAUGUCCGACUUGAGAAGUUGCAGAGAAACCGCGGAUAAAUCCUCCAAGUCGUCCUCAUCCUAUCCAGUUUUCAACAAGCGCUCUCGUCGGCUGCAGGACUUCCCACCAGUAAACCUGCUGCUCCGUCGCCUCAGUAAGAAAGUCCUAGUCUGCUCUAAGAAGGAAUCGUCUUCUUCUGAGGUCAAGACUUCUGAGAAAUGAGCUGCCAAUGAAACACCUUGAACAUCUCUUCUCCUCACUUGGCUUGGAGGUCUUCUAGAGGGUCGGGGCCUCCUUGCCGUCAUGAAGGGGUUGGGGACCAACCGUAACAGACAUCUGUCUGAUUCUUGUGAUCCCUCUCUUAAUCAUCCAGAGGCACUCUACCAUCAGAAGACGAGCACAUUGCCACGCAGCCCUUAUCUGCUCAGCCCCACAAUGGACCACUAUGGCACCAUGGAUCCCCACCUUUACCCUUCUGCCAAUCCAGGCUCCCUUCCAGCAGACUGCAUGCUGCCCCUCAACAAUCAGCUUUCCAAUAGCAGCACUUUCCCCAGUAUCCACUACAACUCCUACGACCAGUCCGAUUUUUCUCCUCCUGGGGACAGUAUCGGAGGGAUAGGCACAGGCACCAUGGGGACAUCUCUGUCGAUGGGCAUGGCAUCAGGUAUGGCCAUGUCAGGGUUGAGUGGGAGAACGCCUAUGAUUACAAGUGGCUCUGCAACAAUAUCACACCAUAUGACCAAGAAUCAAACUCCGCCCAGUCUGUUGGAUUUUGAGAAGCAGCUACCAGGAGGUCGCGACGGAUUCAGCACUUUACAGUUUCAUCGAACGUCCGCUGCUGUUGCUGCCAAGCAACGGACAGACAGUCCCGGCCGCAUUCGUUACAUGCUGCACUCGGUGCAAAAACUGUUUGCAAAGUCCCAGUCGCUAGAGAGCCACAACAUGAAGGGGAACGUGAACGGGAGAUCUACUGGCAGUGGUGGAGGCACUUCUUCUGGCACCGAGGACGGAGGGAAGCAUACUCGCAGAUCCAAAAGUAAGGAUCGUAUUACGAAGUCCGAGGCAACCGCUAAGAGACGGCCAAGAUCCAACAUGUCGGGUUACUGGAGCUCAGAUGAUUUGGACAGUAGUGAUUUGAGCAGCUACCAUAAUACUAUGACCAUGAUGACCCUGGGGCGUCCGAGUGGCCAUGAAAGCCAUAGUGGUCAGAGUAAAUACAUCCACAGUGGCUACAACACAAUCAGUUCCUCUAAAAGCAGCAAUGACAUGAAGUAUCCAGCACUUCCUGGUCCAGGGGAUAUAGGAGGUGGUGGAAUAAGUGGACCAGUAGGCAUGCUGAUGAAUGAUACCGAGUAUGUGAAAGGAGGGUCUUGGUCCACAUUGACAAUGGGCCAACCGAGACAGGUACUUCAGAAGGGCUCAACUACUCUGGACAGGUCAAUGCUCAAGUCCAAGUCCUGCCAACAGGAGUUAACUUGUAACUAUCUGCAGGUUGGACGCAGGGGGGAUUGGAGCAGCUCAUUAGGUCGCAGUCCAGGUUUCAAUGAGAUUCCAUGUCGGCGGAUGCGCAGCGGUAGCUAUGUGAAGGCAAUGGGAGACAUGGAAGACAGUGACGACUCCGAGGGAAGCCCUAAACCCUCGCCCAAAAGUGCUGCUCGCCGUCAGAGCUACCUCAGGGCCACCCAGCAGUCUCUAAGUGACCAGCUCCCCCCACGCAACAGAACCUUGGAUUUCACAUUGUUGCAGGGGGAGCUGGAUGCCCUGUGGUCUCCACUCCACAGUGUGUCCUCUCUGCACCAGCUGGGCAGGUCAAUGAGCAGCUGUCUUCCAUCUCUCAGAGAACUCUCAAAUAAUCGCAGCCUGGAUAAUCUGGACUGUUUUGGAGGACCAGGAGCUUUGGCACCAUGGGAAGAAGACAGCUUCAGCCAGGCCUGCAGCACUUUGAGCAGACGUAGUGGCAUAGGACAGCUGCGAGACCUGGAAAAAAGUCAUCAUUACGAAGACAGAAGCUCAGAGUCCGCCUUCAGAGAUUCCCAUUGUCAGGACAUCUCGGAGCCUCCGGACAUGCCCAUGCCGACAUGCUUCCGAUCCCGCAGCCACAGCUACCUGAGAGCUAUCCAGGCUGGCUGUUCCCAAGACGACGACACCGCUUCCAUAGACUCAGGCUGCUCUCCACCUCCAACCGACUCCUCUGUUCGCACAUACAGCACCAGCACUGACGACCUUUCUACACAAUGGAAGACAUGGAAAGAACAGUUUGCCUCUUACCUGAUAGCCACUGGCUUGGACAAAGCCCCAAAGGAGAAACAACUUGCAAUUUUUCUUCAGCGUUUCGGGACAGACAGACCACUCAUCCUACCCACACACACAGUCUCCACAUGCAUAACAAGCUGUAAGAAGGCCGCUCCUCCACCGGUGCCUCCACGCACAACCUCCAAGCCCUACAUAUCGGUGACGGUGCAGAGCAGCACCGAGUCAGCGCAGGACAACUACUUGGACCAACAGGACAGGAGGUCAGAGGUCAACAGCCAGUCGAGCCACGUUCACAGCAACUCCUCUGACAGCCUUGACAGCACCCGUGCCAACAGCCUGGCCCGUGGUAUUCCUCGUCCUCCGCAUAUCAUCCCUAUUCCCAUCGCUACGCCGAGGGAGCCAGUCAUCCCUAGCACCGCCAAUGCUUCCACAGAGACGAGUGACUCGGCAGUCCACAAUGAAUCCGUGAAAUCAGGAUCUAGUAAAGGGAAUUUAGCAGCAGAGGAGCUCUUUGUAGCCCCAUUACCAAGGCGGAAACUCUCUUCUAUUGGGAUACAGGUUGACUGCAUUCAGGAAGUUCCAAGAGAGGAGACCCCGCCCCUGGCCAGAUUUCAGUCAAUAGGAGUACAGGUGGAGGACGGGUGGCAACUGAGUCGCUCCAGCAGUAUGGCCGCAAAACAAGAAACGGACUCAGACACACAGGACAUCUCUGCCAUUUCUCACAUCAGCGUUGCCAAAACCUUUGAGAAGAAAGUCAUGGUCAACAGUGCCAGUCAGUCAAUGAGCUCCCCCCCUGGACAAGACUCUUUAGACAACGGAGACCAGACUGGCGACACCUCCUCCCCACCGCCUCCCAGGCAGAUCCUCAACCGCUCCACCACGCGGAGCAGCUCCUCGUCUUUCUCCGAAAGCCUGGAUCCAGCGCUUGAUCCCUCGUCUCUGCCGCCCCCGGAUCCCUGGCUGGACAGCGGAAACGGUAGCAGCGGCGGCGUCUCCCAGAGCGGAGGAGGCGGAACGCUGUGCAGAAGAGACGGCCAUUGGUUCCUGAAGCUGCUGCAGGCCGAAACGGCACGCAUGGAAGGCUGGUGCCAACAGAUGGAGCAGGAGACCAAAGACAACCAGCUCUCAGAGGAGGUGCUCGGGAAAGUCCGCAGUGCAGUGGGAAGUGCUCAGCUCCUAAUGUCUCAGAAGUUCCAGCAGUUCCGGGGACUGUGUGAACAAAACCUGAAUGUGACUGCCAACCCACGGCCAACAGCCCAGGACCUGGCUGGCUUCUGGGACCUGCUGCAGCUAUCUAUCGAGGACAUUAGCCUCAAGUUUGAUGAGCUCUACCAUCUCAAGUCCAAUGACUGGCAGCCCGUGCCGUCUGGGGCCGCCCAGUCGUCCCCUGAGCGGAAGAACGAGGACAAGGAGGCCCUUCCGGCAUCAAAGAAGCCUAGCAAGACGCGACCGACGCUUGCCCGCGAGAAGAGUGCUGACUCUUCUUCAACCUCUUCAUCGGCCUCGGCAGAAAAACAGAGACAAGAGGCUCGCAAGCGCCUGCUAGCUGCCAAGAAGGCUGCCUCGUUUCGCCAGAACUCUGCCACAGAGAGCGCAGACAGCAUUGAAAUUUACGUCCCCGAGGCCCAAACUCGCCUCUGAGAGAAAAGGGACUAGCAAGGAUCCGAGGACAGAUAAGUUUGUUAAAGAGAAGAAAAAUGGGGGGGAAAACAGGGAGGAUUUUGUUUGAGUGCAGAUGAGUUAUGGUGAGUAAGGAAGGGUGUGUAGAGGAGCAAUGCCAAUGAAUGGGUGUUUUGAUAUUUUUAACAUAAUCAUAGGCUGGUCCUGCUUGAAACUGAUAAUGAAACAUUUGUGGACCCAACAGACUACAAACUUAUGAAGCAGAAGAUUCCUCUUCAGAGGCUGCCAGGGAAGACCUCAGCUGAUGAACUUUAUCAUUUCUUCUUACUUUUUCUUGAUCUCAUAAAAAUGUUAAUGAAGGUAUUAUUAUAACAAUUAUAGGUUAAAAACUCUUCAUAAAGACUGUUUUAAAAGUUCCUAUAUCUUGGCUAUAAGAUUUAUAAAGCAGACAGAACA